GCCUCUCUCUCUUCCACCUCUCUCCCUCACUUCUUCCCUCCAUUGGCCUCCCCCAUCAUGUCUUUCCGGCCAAUGCUGAAGCAGCGGGCUGUGGCCCCCAUCGCGGCCACCCUUCUGGCUGGCGGUAUCGCCCUCUACCCCCGGCAGACGGCUUUUGCAGAGGAGCCUCGCGAUGCUAAAAAACCCAUCUACGAUGACUUCCCGACCGAGAUCCCGGCCGUCUCCAAGCCCGUCGUCGCUCCGGCCCCGACCACCACCACCCCGGCAGCUCCGGUGUCCACUCCCUUCUCCUCUCCCUCUUCCCCUACUCCCACCGACAUCCUGACCGCUCAGGUCCGUCAGGCCCGUCUCUUCCUGUACGAGAACUCCCUGGCCGUCGAGACCAAGUUCAACAACUUCCUGUCGCGUGCUCUGCACAUCGAGAACGCCUUCACCAACACUGUCGCCUCCCUAGCCCCGUCGCCCGAGUCCGGCGAACGCCUGCUCCCCGGCGGAGUCUACGUCGUUGUGGCCGCCAUGGCCGGUUCCAUCGUGUCGCGGAACCGCGGUAUCCUCCUGCGCACGGCGUCCCCGCUGGCCUUCGGUACCGUGGCUGCCUGGACCCUGCUGCCCGUGACCAUGCGCAACGUUUCGGAUCUGGUCUGGGAGUACGAGAAGCAGGUGCCGGCUGUGGCGGACACGCAUCUGCAGGUGCGCGAGAAGGCUGAGCACCUGUGGUACACGGGGAUUGCGCACAGCGGUAUGGCGCGGGCCAUGAUGGAGGAGAAGAUCGGAGAUGUGCGGAAGAAGUUGGAGGAGGUGGUCAGCAAGGGUCAUUAAAUUGGCCACUGGGUCCGUGUUUUAGAAUGGGUUUAUUUGAUCUAGUUCUUGCAUAUGUACUUUAAGUAGACGAAUGAGCGUUUACUAUGCAGUUUCAGGAGACAGAGUAAG